GACUGGAUUUCGUCGUGAUGCACGCGCUCGAGCACAUUGGAAUGCUUCUGAUGUCAUCCCAUCGGAGUUGUGAAGCCAUAUUUCCUCACCACCCAAAUAGUGGGACUUGAAGGAAGGAAUCAUCACCGGCCAACAUGAAUCAAGCCGCUGUACUUGGAGGUGUUUUGGUAUUAGCAACGGCCCUUCUUGUGGCCAUAGCUGCUUCUUAUUCCACGAAGCAAGACUCGAAGAAGCCCAAGAAGAAAUCAAUUCAGUCUGACAGGUCGGAGAACGGUGCUAAACCCUUUCAACAAGUUGAAGAUGAAGUUCCAAAGGCCUCUCCAAAGCCAGCUGAAAGUGACUUGCCACCCAAAGAUCUGGGGGGACCCAAAGAGGGUUCCAAAGCAAAUGAUAAUGAUGACGUCCAACAACCUACUACACCAACGCCCUCGGAUUAUUACCCACAGUACAACGACAAUGAGGAGGUCUCUUUUGCUGUGAUAGUCGAGGAGGAAAAUGAUAAGUCCCAUUUGGAAGUUAAUAAGCAGAGCCUUGUUGAAGCUUUUGAUCCUGAAAUGGCCGAACCACUCAAAUCUGAAUUGGAAAAAGCACGGAGUACGGUUGGUGAUUUUAUUGAAAGGGCUAAGGCCAGAGAAUCUCAAAUCAAAGAGGACUUAAGUCAAGUAUCCAAUAACGUCACAGACCAGAUUGAAGCAAUUGCCGAUCAAGUCUCGAAGGACGUGGCGGAUAAAGCAGAAGCGGUUACCGAACAAGCUGAGGAUUGUAUUGCCGACACUCAACCAGUAGUUGAAAAUAGACUUCAGCAAGCUCAAGAGAGUUUUGUAGAAACCGUGGAGCAUGGCAAGGAAGUGGUCAUGGACGUGAUCGAGGGUGCCAAGCAAUAUGUAAGUGAGGUCACUGAGGCUGUCCAAGAUCAGCUCGGAUCCUCCGAUGAAGAAGUUCUUAUCCCAGUCGUCGAAGAUGUCGUCUCGUCCAGUAGAAAAAGUGGCGAUUUCUCUCAGAUUUUCGAUUUGAAGCCUCCAUUUAAAUCCGUUGAAGAGCAAACGCUUGAGGCUCUUUCCUCUCAAAUGGAACAAGAGGACCAGAAGGGGGAAGACUUGGUGGAUAAUCUCAGUGCUGAUUCUAGUCGAGAAACCACACCGGCCUCUCAGCCAACUUCCACUUGGGAUCGGAAUGUAGAGGAACAGUCAGCUCAAGGUGAAUACACUUAUGUUAGGCCCAAGGAAGAUAUUGAAGCUUCGUUCAAUGAGAAAGACCAAGUCAUGGAGGUCAAAGCAAAACUUGAAUUGGGCGCGUCAAAUUCUCAAGAUAAACAGGACUCGGUUAAAGAGGAUCGUGCGGAAGAUGAAGAAAGCGAAUACGAAUAUGAGUAUGAAGAGGAAGAGGAGGAUACUGAGGGGGGCCAAACUGACAGCAAGAGUGACUUCAGCUCCUUUGAGAGGAUUCGUCAUAGUACCAGCCUAGAGGAAUCAGAGUAUUCGAAUGUGUCUUUUAAAGACGGCGAAGAGAAGCCAACAACCGUCCACGAUGAUAGCGCUCAUAAUCAACCACAUGAAACACAAUAAAUGCGAAAUAUGUCAUGCUAGUCUCGAAAAUACUCAAGGAUCGUUUGUUAUAAUAAAAUUGCUGUCUCGAAGUAGAGCAUGCUAAUUCAAACGUACGCCAAUACACAACGUGACCUGUCAAAUUUGUGAGGCUCUGCCAUGCGAUCGGCCAAUCAAAAGGCUU